GGUUUAUAAAAGGACGCUUUAGCUUCUCUUUUUUUUUAUUCCUUUGUUCAUGACUAGUCAACUGUGUCAGAUCAUCAGGUAUGUCGAUAAUCUGCUGUUACAACAAUGAAUCGUUUGAUGCAAAGUCAAUUUCAGGGAAAUUUCAGCAAUUCAACCUGACGACCCACUUCAUUUAGUCGUUUAGUUGGCUUGCACAUAAUUAUUACAGUCACACCGCUCACCUAAGUAGGAGAAGGGUACUGGUUGGCAGUGCGAAGAAAGGGAAUGGAGUUGAACGGGCAGGCUCGUUCUCGAUUUUAUCAGAGCAUCGAUUAUGGCGUAAUUCCGUCUGCUCUCUCUCCACAUCGCCUUGAUACCUUGCUGCCACCCAAGCGCACAUUUCUCCAAACUCGCGUCCGUGCUGCAAAACGCCACUUGAUCUCACCUCAGGUGUUCAAGUCGUUCUUGAAAGGACUGUCUGUUGCGCUUCCAGUUCAGGUAUUGCUGGGAGUCGUCUGUAUCUACCUCUGCCUUCGCUAUGAUGUGAUGUUUGACUGUCAGAUGAGUUUGUUCGUUGCGCCAGUUGUGUUUCCACUGGCUUUUUCCAUCAAUGCCUGCUACCAGCGCCGUGAUAAAGUCCUGGAUGACCUGAGCAUGUUCAAAGGAGCUGCGGUGAUCAUCUUCUACUGCCAUCGAGACUGGGCAAUUCCCUCAGGGUAUGAGCAACGGGAUUUCUGUCAUCGAACAAUGAAGCUGCUCACAAGGCUUAUAAAAUUGAUCCAGGUGUAUCUGCGAAUUGAAAAAGGAGCUCACAGGCGAGCUGUUUUGAAGGAUAUCGACCAUUGUUUCAGUGGAAUAGCUGGUAUUACUGAAGAGAUUCGUGGGUCUGAUCUACCGGCAAGUGGUCCUCUUUGCACUCGUCUUAUUCAUAGCCAUAAUCAAAUGUGCUGGUCGUUUGAGCGCCUGCGAGUGGUGCGUGAGUACCGAACACCGCGCACUAUUCGCGCCUUCACCAAGUUGAUCAUCUUCCUGCUGCCUCUAUUGCUGUCACCAUACUUUACUUUUCAGGCGGAUAAUGCUAAAGCGAAUUGGGUGGCGUACUAUUUGUCCGUGAUGGUGACAGUUCUGUAUGGCUCCUUACAGACACUUCAGGAUAAUCUGGAUGAUCCUUUUGAUGGCAUCGGGGAGGACGAUAUCGAACUGGACACACUGGAUGAAUGGACACGCAGAUCACUGGGAGUUGUUGCAUCCCCGAACCGAACUGCAUCCGCCGCGGAUGAGGUGGACGGCUGCCCAAAUUGCUCCACUCCUUUCACCGCCACACCUGGUUGUACUGAAGACGACGUUGAUCGCGUGUUUGAUUGUCAGGGUGAACAUGCUGAUGGUGCUGUCAGCAAUAACCUGACAGUUCCCGUGCAACCUUUGCUUGUCAACACUGCAGUUUAGUAUCACCGGGUCGGAUACAGACCAUAUCUACUAUUACCGGUACCAAGAGUACAUAAAGUUUAUGUACUCUUGCCGGUACCCAUGAGAGGCGUGUUGUCUACAUGAUGGUCAUGUUGAAGUUCUGCAGAUACAGUACUCGGUGCAUUCUGCAUCCACCCGUGUGCUACUUCUGGUCAGUUUAGGUUAUCCACUUGCCCGAUUUUUUACAAUGUAGUCACUCCCAUGAACCUACUUGAAUAUACAAAUGUAGGUACUCUGUUGCAUACUACCUUCUGCACUGAUUGUGGAUCAUGAAAACUCGCACUCUAUUUACACAUUAUGUAUAUUAUAAUAAAUGUAGAGCCGGAGGAUUUAUUGCAAUUACGUACCAGUAUGCCAGUGCCACUCUACUCAAAACCUUCUUCUUGUAGGAUAUGAUGUAGCAGCUACAGGUACUGUACGUACAUCUGGCAUUCGUAAAGCAGAAAAGGUUGUACAUCUGACAUUUGCUUGAUUUUGCAUGCAGGCCUAUUCAGCAUUUUUUAAUGAACAUCCCACCAUUUCUUUCCAACCUGAUAUAUAAUUAUCUAUAUUUAUACACGACUUUUUUUAGGUGAUUUGCCAGAUGUGCAUUGAGGUUUCAGCAAAAUUGAAUACUGCACUCAUAAAAUUAGAUUUGUCAUGAUUGUAUCUGUAUAUUCUAGGAUUAUUUCCGCCUUACCCUAGCGCUAGCCUUUUUCUGAGAAUUCUAUCAUUAGGCAGAUACCAAAUUUUCUUUUUAGCUGUGUUUUAGUAGAUCACGUAUCCUUCUGCCUUUUGAGCAAAGAGAUAUUGAGCACCUUGUGAGCAGUGGAAAUUUCCUACUAUGUAGCAAAGAUUUAAUGUAGAAACUA